GGGCGGGUUCCAGCCUACGGGGAUGUCGACCCAAAAGAGGUUUGGGAUGUUAUCUACCAAUCAAUGAAAUGCCUUUCUUCUUUUGGGUCGGUGCCAACUGGCUUUCGAUUUUUGAUUAUGUAAUGACGAAAUUGGCGAAGAACGUCGACACUCCAUAUCUUCAUUGUUUUUGUCGCAAUAUAGUCAAUGUGACCUACUGAACAGACAAUGACUAACAGUAUGAUUACAUUAAGUAUUGCUUGUUAUUCCAAUGCAGACAUUGUUUAAUACAUUGUAUAAUACGAAUAUUUGAGAUAAUCGUCGUGAUACUGAAAAGUGGUAUGUUGAUAGAGCAAUCUGAUUUUGCCUGUCUGCUAGUCAAAGUACAGGCGGUUCUGUAAGAGUGCGAAAGUGUCACUGAAACAGCGUUGGACCAUUCCGGCGAGAUGAUAUUCAUAAGAGUAGCUCUGCUGCUACUGCUUGGAGGGAGCCUACGUGAGGUAUACUCCAAGGAAUUGGACGGAUGCAUUGGUCCAUUUCUACCCCCGCUCAUUCACGACUACAGCUAUUCAGAGGCGCCCCUGGCGGUGGAGGUCAAGGUCACGUCGGACUAUCCAGUUAGCUUAAGUUGGCACGUGAAGGAAUAUUACAAGGACAAAUGGCCGAAUGGGGAAGUCCUGCGAUAUUAUAUACCGGAUAAUGGGGACGACCAAUUCCAAAUCGAGCAAGAGAGAACUGGUCUAACCGCCAAAGUGCGUAUCAGUGGUGACGCCUUCGUGGAUGCCCCAAGCAAACUCCAUCUGCAGAUCUCGGUCCACCGUCCCUGCACCACUCUUCAGUACAUAGCGAAUGCCAUCACUCUUGAGCGGCUUUCAAGCGGUAUGGUCCGUUUCCCUAUUGUGAAUGAAAUACCAAAACCCGAGUACGUCGUCUCACCAGGAGAGGAGUUGAGUCUACCAUUCAAGAUACAUUUCCAAGCCGGAAUGGCGUACAACGCAGUCUAUCGCUAUGCACGUCAUCUCAAGCGCGAUGAUGACAAGUUGCUUGUCCAACAACGGUUGGGGAACCGAAUUCUCUACAAUUACAGUGAACCUAACAUGUCUUACCCAUUAAGCUUGACGGAGGGACCAAAUAAUGCUGAUAACUUCUCAGUGGCCAUGACCUUCAAACCAUGGUCUGUGGCGGACAGCGGUGUCUAUUUGGUGUCCAUCUACACAGGUUAUGCCGCCGCCCUGUAUAAUAAAGUACCAUACGGAACGGCAACUGCGCACAUGGUCCGGGCAUUCUUCGACCUUCGUAGCCAUGAGGUCCCUACCCCACCCCCCUUGGUCAUGGUGUACAGUGAAUUAGACUGGACCGUCCGGAAACAACCCGAUAUCGCCCGUGACGGUACUUACGUCGUCCAUCUGUCCAACAACGCAUCUACCAAGUUUGCAACAUCGGCCAGGUGCAUCGCGUACGGUGACAAUCCUACAUUGGAAACAAGUGUUUAUAAGUCCAAAAGGUGGCAACCGUUCCUGAAGAAAUCUACUAUUAUUCGAUCAAAGACAGUGACGUCAGAUGCGUACUACAUCAGGAGGAAUAGCAAGAAGAAGUACACAUGUACAGCACGUGCUGGAGGACAAGUCACGUCCUUGACCUUCAAGACGAGGUGGUAUACCCCUGUGACCGUGACCAGCUGGUAUCCAGAAAAAAAAUACAUUCGGCUAAAACAGGCAAGAUGGCCACUUACUUUCAUCUGCAACGGGAAAGGGGGCGAAAACUCGAGAAUUGUCGUCAAGUUUCAUGCGAUGAAUCAAACCGAGGACUACAAUAUAAUGCCGAACGACCUACACUACUUGGAGGACCACAAAUAUGACGAGCUCACGUCUGCCACCCCUGGUGUCACAAUUUCGACCCAAAAUGUUGCUCGUGGCCAGGUUAAGGGCAUUUUGACCAUCCACCAUAGUUGGCUACUUGAUGGAAAGCAAGCCGUACAGUGUUACGUUGGAGAUACCGAAAGCUUCGACAGUGUCAGGUUUUGGCUUGGUUAGAUUUCACGGACCAUUUUCAUGUCAAUCUUGCAUGUUAUACAUGUAUGUAUCGACAGUUUUGUAUACUGUGUUACAUACUUAUGUAUGUCUCACUGAUGUGUCCGUAAAUUUGGUAAAUUUUGAUUUGAUUUAUUACUUUAUUAAUCAUCUUCGUUUCACAAGAA